AUGAGCGAUUUCCGGAUCAAAGAGUUCGAUGGUGCUUAUUGGUUUCUGGGAUAUCUCAUCUGUCAUGAGCUUGAUCUCCGCCCUAUCACAAGCUGUGAAUUGACGUUGGCAGCCGAGUCAUGGCUGAUUGCCAAUAGCCUCGAAGUUCAAAAGGCCGAUCAGGUGGUUCCUUAUGUCUACUUUACACUGCGGCUCGAGCAAACGUGA